AUGCAUUUCAGAUUUUUGCCGACUCUUCUGUUUUUACUCACAUUGCAAAAGGUGAGAUCAUUGAAGUGCUACGAUCAAAACUUCCAAACAGAUAUAUGCCGAUUCAAUCCUUCUGGUAUAUUGAAAGUUGCUUGUGUUACAAGAUAUCGUUCAUCGAGUGCUGGAUCGAGAGCGGUUACAGGUAGCGUUGAGAGUGUAAGCUGGAAAGGAUGUUUCUACGUUGCUGAUUUCAAUUCUGAAGGUUGCUUUAGAAUGCCCAUAAUCGGCAGAGUUUGCAUUUGCUUCAAAGAUCUCUGUAACUAUUCAUCAAUUCAUCGUUCAUUUGUCACAAUCAUAAUUAUGUACUUAAUUUUAUGUUUUUAUUAA